AUGAACAUCCAGGUCCUGCCAGACCACAAGCUGUCACCAGUGGCCCCGCUGAAACCCUGCAAUGUGGAGAAGAAGGAGGUGGAACUGAUACUGGUGAAGGACCAAAAUGGGGUCCAGUAUACCAGUUCGACCAUCAUGCCAACCCCCAGCACGCACGGCACCCCCUGCACCGCUGAGGAGCUGGAGGAGAGGGAAACAUGGGGAAAGAAAAUAGACUUUCUCCUAUCCGUCAUAGGCUUCGCAGUGGACUUGGCCAAUGUCUGGAGAUUCCCUUACCUCUGCUACAAGAAUGGAGGUGGUGCCUUUCUAAUCCCCUACAUUCUGUUCCUGGUGAUUGCUGGGAUGCCUCUGUUCUAUAUGGAACUAGCCCUGGGACAGUACAAUAGGGAAGGAGCUGCUACAGUCUGGAAGAUCUGCCCUGUCUUUAAAGGUGUGGGCUACACUGUGAUCAUCAUAGCGUUGUAUGUGGGUUUCUAUUACAACGUCAUCAUAGCCUGGUCCCUGUACUACCUGUUCUCCUCUAUGACCAGUGAGCUGCCCUGGCUCCAUUGUGGCAACGCCUGGAACAGUCCGAACUGCACAGACCCCAAGCUUCUAAACGGAUCCUUCCUGGGCAACGGGACGUCUUAUGCCAAGUACAAGAUGACACCGGCUGCAGAGUUCUAUGAGCGUGGCGUACUCCACCUCCAUGAGAGCAGGGGGAUCCAGGACCUGGGCAUGCCUCGCUGGGAGCUGGUCCUCUGUCUGGUGGCUGUGGUCUUUCUUCUCUACUUCAGUCUCUGGAAGGGUGUCAAGUCCUCCGGCAAGGUGGUGUACAUCACGGCCACAAUGCCCUAUGUGGUGCUGUUCGUCCUGCUGAUCAGAGGCAUCACUCUGCCAGGGGCUAUGGACGGCAUACGGGCCUACCUCCACAUCGACUUUAAACAACUCAACGACCCCAAGGUGUGGAUUGAUGCUGCUACCCAGAUCUUCUACUCAUUGGGAGCUGGCUUUGGAGUGCUCAUUGCAUUUGCCAGCUACAAUAAAUUUGACAACAACUGUUACAGGGAUGCUAUCCUGACCAGCACAGUGAACUGUGUCACCAGCUUCUUUUCAGGGUUUGCCAUCUUCUCUGUGCUCGGCUACAUGGCCUACAAACACGGAGUCAGGAUAGAGGACGUGGCCACCGAAGGUGCAGGACUGGUGUUCAUCAUCUAUCCUGAGGCCAUCUCCACCCUGCCUGGAUCUACCUUCUGGGCCAUAGUAUUCUUCAUCAUGCUGCUGACUCUGGGCAUCGACAGCUCUAUGGGCGGUAUGGAGGCAGUCAUCACAGGACUGUCGGACGACUUCAAGAUCCUGAAGAGGAACAGGAAGCUGUUCACCUUCGCCACGGCAUUCGGAACCUUCCUUGUCGCGCUCUUCUGCGUCACUAAUGGAGGUAUAUAUGUGCUGACUUUGUUGGAUAACUACGCGGCGGGGACCUCCAUCUUGUUUGGGGUGCUGAUUGAGGCCAUUGGGGUGUCCUGGUUCUACGGCGUGGACCGCUUCAGUGAGGAUAUCGAGCGCAUGAUGGGCUUCAAGCCAGGUCUCUACUGGAGGCUGUGCUGGAAGUUUGUCAGCCCCACCUUCCUACUGGUCGUGGUGAUAGCCAGCAUCGUGACGUCCACGGGCCUGAGUUAUGAUGACUAUGUCUUUCCUUCAUGGUCCAAUGUGAUUGGCUGGGGCGUAGCUCUGUCCUCCAUGAUGUUUGUGCCCAUCUACGCCAUCUACAAGUUCCUCAGUAUGCCAGGGACAUUCAAACAGAGGAUAGCCUACUGCAUCACACCAGAACACGAACAUCAUCUGGUGGCGGAGGGAGCUACCAUCAGACAGUUCACGCUCAAGCACUGGUUGGCUAUCUGACAACCUGAUGUCACCCAACCUUCCCC